UCGUCAUUAUAGUUGAUCCUUUACAUUCCAUGCUUGCUUUUUCGGGCGACGAGCGUGCGCCAUCGAUGAAAGUCUUCCCGCAAUGAAGCAAUACCGAAUGCAAUAACGCACCUCCAUGGUGGCUCAUGAUCUCAUCGUCAGGUUACCCUAAGAGCCUAGCGCUAUCGUCUUGCAACUGAAUUACAGGGGGCAAUAGUCUCUGUGGACCAAUGAUCACCAAUUUGUUUAUCAUCUACCAGCAUUUCUAACAAGCCUCAUUGCUUGGAGUGAAAACAAAUAAUAAAACGACCCUCUUCGCUUACGCUACUUUGGCUAGGUAUACGGUUACUCGUUUUUAUAAAGAGGAUAUUCAAGUCUUAAAAGCCCAUUAAGCAUCAAGAUCCGCCAUCUACAAUUGGCCAAUCUCGCAAGGGACCCAAACUGCCGGAUAAGAAGCCGUUGCUUGCCGCCCAUCCCUCCCCAAACCCCCGGAAAUUUUAUCGAUUUUAUCGCCCGUCACACCCAUGUCUGUUCAGUCUUAGCUUGCAUGGGUCCUGAAAAUUGCGCCCUUUCCAUUACGUUUCUCUUUUUCCGCCAACUUUGAUCUGAUCUGAACCCGUUCCACAUAAACCCUCUCGGUAGCCUAGUCCACUGUCUUGAGACAUUAUUAUGGACGGCCCCGACUUGUCGGGUUUACGACCACCUGCGACGUCGAGUUCUGGUCUUCCUUUUACCGAUUCCGCCCUUGCCCCCUCUAAGAAGAAAUCCCGGAGGGGCGGGGAUCCAUCCAUCCAGAAGCGUCGAUGCGUCAGCACUGCUUGUAUAGCCUGCCGGCGUCGAAAGUCGAAAUGCGAUGGUGCCCUUCCGAGUUGCGCGGCGUGCGCGAGCGUCUACGGUACCGAAUGCAUUUACGACCCCAACUCGGAUCACCGCCGAAAAGGAGUGUAUAGAGAGAAGAUCGACAGCAUGAAAGCACGCAAUUCUACCCUCCAAAUCCUGAUCGAAGCGAUACUUAACGCAGAGGAAGAUGAUGUCCCCGAUAUAGUCAAGAGAAUACGAACCUGCGAUAGCCUCGACGCCGUAGCCGAGUCGAUACUCAAACAAGAAGAAUUUGGUACAAGUGGGGCAAUAGAAGAGGAGGACGAGAUAGACAAUGACUAUACCACUGAUAUGCCUGUCGAAGGCGAGAGAGAUCUCGCUCGGAAAAUGGGGGAGCUGCGGUUAGAGAAUGGUUCAACGCGCUUCAUCGGUGGAACGUCUCAUCUCAUACAUUGGGAUAUACACGGGGCACCGAAUCCAGAAUACGAGUCUCUGAAUGUGAACGCCGAAGAUACCGAUCCUAAGACGAGUUGGUCUGAUGUAACGAAAGAUCCGGUGGUUGUAAAACAUCUCCUUGAUAUGUACUUCAACUGGCACUAUCCUUACUUUACCACGCUGUCACGAUCCUUAUUCUACCGCGACUUUGAGAGGGGGAAAUCAAAUAUCUUGCCUUAUAAGACUGCAUAUUGCUCGCCAUUAUUAGUUAAUGCCAUGCUUGCCUUAGGAUGCCAUUUCACUGAUAUGGCUUGUGCCUAUGCCACUGCCGGUGACAGCUGGACUAAGGGAGAUCACUUCUUCGCGGAAGCCAAACGAUUGAUCGUUGAUAACGACGAGUACGAAAGGCCACGAUUGACGACGGUUCAAGCAUUAGCCUUGAUGUCUGUGAGAGAAGCAGGCUGCGGCCGAGAAGCUAAGGGUUGGGUUUAUAGUGGUAUGAGUUUUCGAAUGGCACAAGAUUUAGGGCUCAACCUUGAUAUUGGGGGCGGCAUCAGAAGCGAACACGAUAAUCUAGACGAACAAGAGAUCGAUGCUCGGAGAGUUACCUUCUGGGGUUGCUUCUUAUUCGAUAAGUGUUGGUCAAAUUAUCUAGGCCGACUUCCGCAAUUACCAAAGAAUUCGUAUAGUGUUCCCAAGUACGACGUUUUCCCGGACGAAGACGCCGAAGCCUGGUGCCCGUACACCGACUCUGGUUUCGAUGUAUCCACGAAACAGCCAUCACGGACCCGUACUAUUGGUUUACAACUAUCCAAGCUGUGUGAAAUCAGUAGCGAUCUUCUUCUGUUCUUCUACCACCCAACCCACAUAGGACGAUCAAGCGGAAAGUCGAUCGAACUCAAGAAAUUGAGUGAACUACACCGGCGACUCGAGGAUUGGCGCAAGGAAUUGCCUAAGGAGCUAGAACCUAAGGAAGGACAGUUGCCUAAUGCUAUCUUGAUGCACAUGUUUUUCCAUCUACAAUAUAUCCAUCUUUUCCGACCAUUCCUCAAGUAUUCUCCCAACGCAUCUCCCUUACCUCCCCAUGUAUCCCCGCGACGAAUAUGUACAGCAAAUGCUGGCGCCAUCUCUAAGUUGAUGCGAUUGUAUAAGAAGCUUUACAACUUACGCCAAAUCUGUAACAUUGCAGUGUAUAUGCUUCAUUCUGCUUGUACUAUACACAUUCUCAAUCUGCCUGAGAAGACUGCCAAGAGGGACAUCAUUCACGGAGUAAAACACCUCGAAGAGAUUGCUGAGGAUUGGCUCUGUGGACGACGGACCCUAAGUAUAAUCAGCGUACUCGCCCGCAAGUGGAAUGUCGAACUUCCUGAAGAAGCUUCUCAUGUUCUGCAGCGAACGGACGAGAAAUGGGGCACUUUCAAGACAUCCGAUGUACCUUCGCCUCGGUCUCACAUGGCCUUGUCUCCCUCAUCCUCAGCUGCGAACUCGACGUCGCCACCAGCAAAACACGAGCAUAGCCCUGCAAGUCGUCAUCAUACACCACCAGCUGGUUCGUCUCCGCUGAAUGUUGCGGGACCAGUUGUACCGAACGAGAUGAUGUUUAAGAGCUUGGCACCAUCACCAGCUAGCUAUCACUCUGACGGACAAACCCCGCAAUCGAUGAUUAGCAACGUGGCUAUUAUGGGCAACUCAGUGUCUUCCCUAGACAACGAGAACCCGGAUUGGCGCCAAGCUCAAGCAAACCAGACUAUCAUCAACUACCCACAAGCGUUUACGUCAGUUCCAAGUAAUCCUGGGCCUAGCCAGACACCUCAGCCCACGAGAAGAAAUCAACCUCCAAAUGCGGUCUAUGCAGUCGAUGGACAGGAUUGGUAUAUCAAGGAUGGUGUAAAUUGGCAAAGCAGCUUCGAUGCGUGGAACAUGGGAAGUGGGCCUUCCGGAACGAAUGUAUCGGAUCCAUCUAUGUUCAUAUUCACAUCGAACUCACCAGCCAACAGCACUGGUCGGUCUCUGGCUCCUAUGGAAUUCAACUUCGACAAUCUCAACAACCUGGAUGAAUGGAAUCUCGGGAAUUUGGAGUAAUAAGGAAACCAUAUCAUAUCAAAAUACUGGGGGGAUCAUUCAGGCUAGCAUUUAAGGUCGGUUACUGGUAUGUGAGAUCUUGGAGUAAGUGUGUAACUCGAUUUUUUUCUUUCUUUCUAAUGGUGAAAGGGGGCUAUGGCUUGGGGAUACAUGGAUGGGGUGCUACACAUAAUGGAUGGGCCUAGAGCCUCUUGCGUUCAACCCGGCUUGAUGAUUAAUGACUACAUGGAAUAGGUACAAAAAUAACGUAAAUGAAUUAAAAAUAACUUGAUGAGGUAUAUCAUAUAUUCAUCCUAGAAAGGGGGUACCGGCUCUUCCAUAGAAUCCAGUUGCAAAUAUCAUCGUAACCAUUCGCCUGCUUUUGGGCGUCAUGGUAUGGCGGGCUACUAAGAAAGUGAGGAACUCCGGAGCGCCGGAAAUCCCCACCGCAAAUUUUCGACAUCGACGAACUUAGUGAUAAUAGUAUCGACCUUGUACAAUCCUU